CCGCCCAGGUAGCGCCCAUUCAGCCGACACUGCCGCUGCACACAUGGCUAGCUGUUAGCUUAAGACUUUUUAGGACAUUGGGAUAGUAGUCGGAACCCAGAGAGCAUUAACUUCAACGCCGACCACUUUUUAAAACUGAGGGCCUGACCUUAUAUCCGGGAUGUGCUCGGUCGUCGGCUGUGAUUCAGGGCGUCGCGGUGCGCAAAGGUUCAAGUUACCGGAGGAUCCGGAGAGGAGACUGGAGUGGGUCCAGUUCCUCUUCGAAGUCAACGGGCAGCGACUCAAAGAAUCGUGCUGGACUGAUAUAACAAUUUGUCGUGAACACUUUACUGAUGGUUGUUUUGUAAAUGCGAGUCUGACUGGCACGGUCCAGCUAAAGUGUAGCGCUGUCCCAUCCCUGUGUAUCAAGUCUGAGCAUGAGGAGCCAUGUCAGGAGGAAGUGAAAACAGAAGCUGCAUUUCAGUGUGAUCAACUUAAGACCUGUAAUAGUCCAUCUACCUAUUUUGAAGAAUCGGGACGAACUUCAGUAGCUGCCCCAGAGAGCCCAGUGCCAAGUGAUACUUCAGAUGUUUCCAUGCCUGAUUAUGGUCAGAUGCUACAAAACGUUGUGAACAUUGAUAUGAUCAGGGAAAAAGCUGCACUUCUACAGAUGAAAGGGAAGUAUGUCGUGAAUGAAAGCCAACUCCUCCAGUUGUUCGGGCGCAAGUGCCCGUUAUGUGGUUCUAAAGUAAAGGUGGAGAAGGUCACCUGUGGGGUGCUCCUCAUCUUGAACCAACAGUGCCUUCAGUGUGAGUACAGAAACCAGUGGAAAAGCCAAGUCAAUGCCAGCGUCCCAACAGCUGAAGAUCAACACCUGACAGGAGGUAUAGACGUGACUCUAGAGACCCAGACAGUGUCAACUGAUCACGACCACAGCACUAUCACACGUGUCUCUGAUGUUGCUGCUGCUACCAAUGAGGAGAGUGAUCCCAUGUGUGAAACGGAGGAGUCGGGUGAUGAAGGUGAUUCAGACGAAGAUUGGAAUCCAGUGGAGCUUUCAUCGGGUAACGAGCUUCUUAAUGAUGAAUCUGAUGAGGAGGAAAGCGAUUACGAAGGUGAUUAUUCUUACUUUGCCACCCAUCAUAGGGAGCUCUGCACAGAUUGCGGGAUGUUUUUCAGCAAACGGUGGCCUCACACGUGUGAGCACAAAAGUAAACCCUAUCCUUGCAACAUUUGUGGAAAAAGAUGUGUUAGUGAGGUCGCUCUCAACUCUCACAGCAGAAUCCAUGAUGCAAACUAUGAGCAUCAGUGUAAAUACUGCCACGUUACAUUCAAAACAAAGGUGGACAAAAUCACUCACCAGCAGAUCCAUCUAACUGAAGGAAAGCCCUACAAGUGCCCUGACUGUUCAGAGACAUUUGCCUCAAAUAAGGAUCGCAGAAUACACCUUGUGGAUCACAGAGGCCCCCAGCAGUUAAAAUGUGACAUCUGUGGGAUUGAAUUUAACCGCCAUGGGCCUCUCAAGAGACACUUAUCUGUGCACACGGGAGUGAAGCCGUUUAAAUGUUCGGUGUGCAAACGUGGCUUCAACCAGGCGAGCCACCUGAAAUCCCACAUGCGUCUGCACACAGGGGAGAGGCCCUACAAGUGUCAGCAUUGCGACAAAAGCUUCAACCACAACGUGAGCUUGAAGAGUCACGUCCAGCGCUACCACACACCGGGCUCUGGAUGUGCACGGAAGAGGGGUAAAAAAAAAAAAACUGUGGGCGACACCGUUGAUGCUCAGGAGAAUGAGAACCAGAAAGGGACAAACUCGGGGCAUGACAAUGUAGACGAAGAACAUGACGAGGAAGAGACGGUGCAAAAGGAGAGAACAAAUAUGCCAAAAAAGAAGAAAAGGAGGAGCACAGGUAGACCCAUAGGAAGGCCGAAGAGAAAUGCAGAAAGCCAGCGUUCAAAAACUAUGACUGCCAAAGUAAAGGGGCGCAAGUUAAAGAGAACACAUUACAGUGUUGAAGAAAGUGAGGAUGAGCCGACCGCAAGUGAAAUAUCUUUUGACCCAACAGAGGAGGAAGAGGAGAGGAGUGACAAAGCGACAUCGAACACAAGCAGAUCAAGAGGAAGGGCAAAAGUUUCUGACAUGGACUCUGAUUCUGACCCAAAAGACCCAAAGAAAAAGAGGUAUAGCAGCCAGAGCAGUGAAAAGAGCUCAGAGACACGCAGGGGACGACCAAGACAGAAUCAAGUAGUUGAAGACAUUUGAAGAAGAUACUGAGUAGAGCAUUUAUUAUGAGUGUCAUAAAGAACUGGACCGUUUUCUGUGACAUAUUUGAUAUUGCACACUUAUCAGUUGUCUUUGUGUGUGACACAAUGUCCAGUUGAUUUCAAGAUACUUUUGAAUCAUGUUAACUGAUGUGUGUAUCAUGGGAAAACUGGGUAAAAUCAGAUUAAACUGGAUUGAUGUUAAGUGCCUGUUUUCCUUUGUGUUGUAGAUUAAUUAAUUUCUUAAUACUGUUAAAUAGUGUAGAUGAUGAAAGAUGUGAGCCACGCCCCCCUAAGUUACUGUUGCUAAGUCCGUCAAACUGGCGGACCUGUCGGACUUCUAGCACGGCACUGCCAAUGUUUAUUACUGCACUCCCUGGAGAAAUAUUGUCUUAAUAUUUUUAGACAAUAACUGCAUGUUUGGAAUGUUGGAGGAAAUUGGAGCAACCAAGAUGAAACACAUGAAGACACUGUGAGAACAUGCAAACUCCUGUGCUGUCCUGAUUAUAUGUACAUAUAUACAGAGAGAGAAACACUUUGUCUUUUUGGAAAUGUCAAAAUGUCUCUGUCAACCUGUGCUGGUACCCUGCUCACCACAUCAACGUGUAACUGGCCAUUAAAGACUGAUGGCCAACUGGAUCCACUGGAGGAGUAGAAACUGGAGAGACAGGUGUGGUACUAAGCAUGAAGGUACUGCUCUCCACUUUUGUAGGCACAGGUAGACCUAUGAGGGCGAUUAAUAAUUAAUUUUUGAAAGUUGCCAUGUUCACCUAGAGGUGAAUGAUUGUUCAUUUAUUGUUUUUGUAGGCCUAAACUUACCAGCAUUGUUUCUUGGAUGAUGGCAAUGAUUGAGGUAGAGGUGGAGGCUGAUGGACCUGCUAUGUAAUAAUAAUAAUAAUAAUAAUAAUUAAAAAAAUAAAUACAUUGACUGAAUUAAAA